UAUAUGGCUAAUUAACCAUUUAAAUUAUUUUCAUUUUAGUCACAAGACCCAAAAAUUGAGGGUUAAGACUAAAAUUCAAAGAAAGAUGAAGAAUCUGAGGAAUAAUAAAAAAAUUAAACUAUUUUAAUGCUUUGGAAUACUAAGCCAACUCCCAAUUAUAAACUUUAGUUUUAUAAUUAUUAUUCAGAUAAGGUUGGAGUAGAUUUUUCUUUAAAGACUUAUAAUAAAUUCACAUCCUAUCAUAUUCCAAAAUUAUCUCAUUAUUUAAGGUAUUGAAUUAACUAUUUCCUUUAGAUUUUCUUCAAAACUAAUUCCAGAAUAAAUAGAAGCUACAAAAAAUUUAUUUUAUAACUCUUUUAUGUCAGAUCCUUAUGAAUCAUCAAUAAUAAUGAAACCUUAUACAGGAUAAUACUCAACAUAACCUGAUUAUCAUUUUUUUAAAAGAAGCUGA